AUGGCAGAAGACCAUGAAUUCAGUUCUGUUGAGGAAAUCCUAAUAGAAGCGGCCGAGCAUAAGCAUUGCAUACUAUAUCUAAAUUAUAAAGGGUUAUCUGAACUACCCACAGACUUAUUUCAAGAACCCAUCUGUAACUCUGUGGAAAGAUUGUUCUUAAAACGAAACCAGUUGACCUCUGUGGUAAAAAUUUCUCAUAUUUGCAAUUUGGAAUCAUUGGACGUUAGUUGCAAUAACCUGACAUCCAUUUCUCCUACAAUUGGAAAUCUGAAAAAGCUGAAGAAGCUGCAUUUAUCAAACAAUGACCUCAAGUCUCUUCCUGCAGAAAUUGGAAAGUUGAAAAAACUAACAAACCUGGAAGCUAUCAACAAUAAGUUGGUGUUGAUACCAAAUGAGAUAUGUGAAUGUGGAUCUCUAGUGACCCUCGCCCUGGACUGUAAUCGUCUCAAAGAGCUGCCCAGAGACAUCAUCAAAUUACAGUAUUUAACAGAAAUAUCACUAGCUGGAAAUAAACUGACUCAUCUUCCGUCAGAUAUGGGCUAUCCAGGUCUGCCUUCAUUGAAGUCUAUAUAUGUUGACAAUAACACAGAACUACAUGCCUUGCCAUUCAGUCUUUGGAUGAAAGAAAUCGGAGCCAACUGCUGUGGAAGUAGUGACAUACAUCAGUCAUCUAGUGAUGGAUUACUCACAGAGGUAGACGGGUACUGUGCAUUAUUGCCACCAGAAAUUAAGAAAUGUUACACUUUACAAGAUUCCUACAAGUUUAAUAUGCCGACUUUACUAGAUUGCUGCUUGAAAGCAGUUUACCAUUACAGUAAUCAAGGGCUCCGUCAAAUUGAUAAAUGGGAUCUACCUCAGAAUUUGUGUGCAUUAGUACGUACGCCAACAGCACACUGCAUUGCUCCAAACGGAUGUGAGACACCGAUAUUCACCAUUGCAUAUGUGCGAUUGUUAAAAUUAGUCUGGGCUCAGCAGUGGCAGAACAAUCCAGAUGCUAUAGUAUUUAUCGGGAUGUGUUGUUCUCGAAAAUGUCUGGAGAUUUUCACAAGAGUGCCAGUUCCUGUUUAAACCUUUGAACAGGGACAGUCUACACUAAGACUAGGAUACCACUACAGUGUCAAACAUCUGCAUAAUUUUCUGUCGGAAAUUCUUGGAUACUUUCUGUAGUAACCAUGCAGCAAUGGGCAGUUUUUAUCCAUUUGGUCAAAAAGAAAUCAUGGAAACAUGCAUAAAAAGUGCAAAAAAUUGAACCAGGAAAAUUAUGUUACCAGAAUGGUUAUGUUAUACCCUCAUUUUGAUAAUUGUUGAAUUCUCUGAAUUAAAUUUUUUUAUUGAA